UCCUAGAGCGAUCUUCAUUUUACUUUUGUUGACUGAUCGUUGUGGAGUACUAAAUUAUGAAAUAAAACAUGCCCAGAUUUUUAACAUUAUGUGGUCAAGAAAUGCACUGACAGUAAAUCUUUUUGUUUUGUCAAAAUGUGAUCAAACAUUUACAACAGUCAAUGCACAGCCAUUCUCUGCUGAAAAUACUUGUCGUGAAGUUCAGGAGAAAGGACUCAGGUAUUUUCAGGAAGAUUCAAGAGAAAAAGAAUACAACAGAAAUUUUAUUCCGCAUAAAGUUGACAGCUUUAACGGAUGCAAUUUUUGGGCAGGUACAGCACCCACCGCACCUUACGUCAUUGGAAAACGCAUAGAUACAAAAAAUGAAACCUGCUACGAAUUUGUGGGAGGAAUUGACAUAGAAUUUUUGCGCAUCCUAUCAAAGAAAUUAAAUUUUACAUACACUUUUCGUAAACUUAUUGGUAAUGGGCCAGAUGCAUGGUAUAAAUUACUUCCAAAUCAAAAAGUUGUAGGAAUUUUACAAGAUGUACUGGAAUACAAUGCUGAUAUUAUUUUUGGUGGCAUAAUUCCUAAUUAUUUGAUUUAUAACCAGCAACAAUAUUCUCCCAGUUACAAGUUUUCUUCCCUCAACUGGUAUGUUACCGAUCCAAAUGUUGUACCUCAGUGGUUAACUAUUUUUCGAGUAUUCACUACUGAAGUUUGGGUAUUACUAAGUUUAGUUUAUCUGGUGGUUUGCUUCUUGUACUGGAUUUUAGAGUGCUUCAGAUAUUUUGGUAUUGACACAAAAUGGGAGUUUGGCUUUAAAAAAAUACAUUUUGCAGAUUUUUUUAGAAUUGGUUUGGGGAUUUCCUCCACUUUAAAUCCUAAGCGGGCCACCUUAAGGCUACUAUUUUUCUUCUGGGCAAUAUACUCUUUUCAUGUGUUCACAGCUUAUACAACAGUUUUAUUUGCUCUCAUUUCUCAUCCUCCACUUGAAAAAGAAAUUACAAACAUUUAUGAUCUUAAUGACUCAAAAAUGAAGACCGGUAUAGAAAGAAUAUACUUGAUAUUUUUUGAGCACUAUGAAAUCGAUACCACCACUAGAUCACAAAAACACGAUGCUCGACCGUCCACUGCGCCAUCUCGUGGCAAACUGGGUGUAAUGGCCGACUUGCAGACGGCCGGCAGUGGUCCCCCCUCCACACCUUCCACUGUGAUAAGUCUCUAUAUCCACACUGUUGUUACCCACACACACCAGCAGGACUACAGACGAGGGGAGAAUAUCCACCACUACAACACGAGACGAGCAAAAGACUACAUACUUCCACUACACCACACUACACAGUACAGCAAGAAGCCGUCGUACAUCGGACGUAAACUGUAUAAUGCACUACCAGAAUCACUGAAGAACCUGAACACCCAACAACUGAAGAGACAACUACAGGACUGGCUGGUGGAACGACCGCUAUACACAUUGGAGGAAUUCUUCACCAUGACACAAACCUACUAA